CGCCGCAGAACACCCAUCUCCAAACAGCUGUUUUGUUUAACAAAACACAAUUCUUUGCCAAUUGUUUACAAAAACACUCGAAAAGAGGCUAAACAAACAAUUGGCAAGCAGUUGGGAAGGCUGGCCAAUCUCAGAUCAAACCAUUCCAUAAGUGAUGGAUAGCCAGGCACCGAUCGAUGAUCUGCUGCUGGACAUUGUAGACAAUGCUUGGCGCAUGGAAAUUCUGCCCUUCGACCAGAUUCUAGUGCCGCGCGAAAAGCUACCCGAUCCCGAGGCGGACGGCGGUGAUUCACACCUGACUGUCAGCGAGCAGGAGCAAAAGUGGACUGAUCUGGCGCUGGGCUCGCUGGCACCGGACGCAGCCCUCAUCGAUCAGCUCAACAUCACCUCUAUCUAACCAAGGACCGCGAGUCCACGGGCGAGCGCCACCGCCUCGCCCACCAGCCUUUUGGCGCCGC